AUGACAUCAAAUCAGACUAAUUUUACUUUGAAAGAGGACGAAAAAUAUGAGCUCACAACAUUACGAACGACAACUAUAACGAAUAAUGAUAGAAAUUUUCUCGUACCUUUGAAACCAGGUGUACAAAAUAUGCCAAAAUUUAGUUACUCUGAAAAUGUUGGAACAAAAAAUGGUGGCAUUCAUUUCACCAAUAUAAUGGCUGAUUCACUGGAAUAUCUGAAAAAAAUGCUUGGUUUAACACCGGAUUGCCUUAAUGGAGGCAUGAAGACAUUAAGGGGCGAGUGUAUUUGUCCCAAAUUCUACAGAGGUCAUUUAUGCGAAGAAUUAGUUUGCGUCAAUAAUGGUACUUUAGUAAAAAUACCUAAGCUUUUUCCAACGCAGUAUACAUGCAGAUGUCCCUAUCCAGAAUAUAUACAUGGUCAGCACUGUGAACAUGUUAAAUGCUUAAAUGGUGGUCGUCCGAUGGAUAACGGACACUGUAAAUGCUUGGAUUAUUGGUAUACAGGACAAUUUUGUCAGGAAUAUGCGGCAUCAUGGGGUGUUGUGCUUGGUCUGCCUUUAUUAUGCAUUGUAAUUAUGAUUAUCUGUUGUGUUGUUUGUCGUCUGGAUUUGUUCCCAAGAAAGCCUACUCAUUCACGAAGGCGUCGAAGAACACCACUAAGUACAAUUUGUGAUGAGGGUACUACUAGUCAUCGACGUCGUGGAUUGGAGUUGAACAGAAGCAGUAAUAGGACAGGAAAUGAAAUUUAUCUACGAAUGCAGGAGAAUUUACUAAAUGAUAAUGGUGGUGAAUCUUUGGCAGCAAGGCCGCACAAUUAUUUUCUGUCAUCAUAUAUUGUUCAUCUUAAUUCAGUGCCAGUUAUGGAUCCUAAUUUAACAACUGAUGCAAAUUCGUCAAAGCCUUUCGAUCCACCGCCCUCUUAUGAAGAGGCAGUUGCAACAUUUUCAACAUUACAGCAACAUGCUGACGCAGCAGUUCUUCCACCUCAAUAUUCGUCUUAUCCGAAUCAAAUGCUACCACGUUCCCAGUUUUCUAAUGCUUUUCGAAAUAGCUAG